AGCCUCCAAUAAUUGAUGCUGCUAACCGCGCUCUCGAAGGUUCUUCUUGAGGAGGAGAAGCCCUUGCCGCCGCAAAUGUCCAUCUACUCUGAGAAUCCUCUGCCCUUUUGUGCUUGGGGAAAGAAGGAUCAGCCCUGCACUGCGAUGCCGUCGUGGAUACCAGCAGGCUUGGGAUGGCUCGGAGAGUCCUUCAUCGGGAGCUUGAAGUGUAAGAUCAGCGACUAUUUGAUCCAACGGCUUUUGGAGGAGCUCAGAGUCGAUGCAGGCUUGGGAUGGCUCGGAGAGUCCAUUGGGAGCUUGAUGGAUAAGAUCAGAGACUCUGCGAUCCGAGGGUUUUUGGAGGAGCUCGGAGUCGGAGAUGACCUCGCCGAGCUGAUGAAUACUCUUAUCAGGACUAAUCUCAUCGUCGGCGAAGUCGAAAACAUGUUGCUUAAAGAUGAAGACACGAAAAAGCGAUUGAAGGAAUUGCUGAUGGAACUAAAGGACACUGCUUAUGACGCUGAGGACUUGCUUGACGAGAUCCAGUUCCGGGUUCUGAAGCAACAUAUCGAGCAACAAGGAGCUCAGAGGGAUGAGGCAAGUAACCAAUCAUCUUCUUCUUCCGGUCUCCCUCCGAGGAAAAAAAGAAAAUUUUCCGAACUUGUCAGUCGCUUCGUCGGUAGAGAAGAUGAUGUGAAUAAAGUGAGGGAAAAUCAGAUGAAGUUAGAUAAAAUCACUACUUGCAUCGAGGAUCUCAUUACUACAUUAGAUGCUGAUGAGAGACAGAUGAUAACGUCACUAGUGCCCCAAACCACCACUUCCUUUCCGAUAGAAACUCAAGUAUUCGGACGAGAGGAACAGCUGAAUCACCUUCUGGGACUGUUGGUGCAAUCUACCGACGGAUCCGGAUCUAGCGACGGUAGCAUCUCUGCCAUAACUAUUGUCGGGAUCGGAGGGGUCGGAAAGACUACUCUUGCUCAGCAAGCCUACAACCACGAGAGGGUGAAAGACUAUUUUCAAGAAAGGGUCUGGGUCUGUGUAUCCGACAACUUCAACGUGGAGAGGCUUACCAAAGAUAUCAUAGAAUCCUUAAAGCAGGAGAAGUGUGAUCUCAACAACUUAGAUACACUUCAAGAGGUUGUUAAGGAGAAGUUGACCUCAAAAAAGUUCCUGCUUGUCCUCGACGAUGUGUGGAACGAGGACAGCCUGAAAUGGGAAAUAUUUUGUGCACCAUUGAGGUCCGCAGUCCCAGGAAGCAAGAUUUUGGUUACAACUCGCUCUAUAAAGAUUGCAGAAAUGGUUGGCAAUCCGAUCCCUCUAGAUUGUCUGGAUGACACCAGCCAUUGGGAAUUUUUCAAGCAAUGUGCAUUUGGUUCCGAAUACGCCGGUGAAUUUCCACAUCUAGAAGCCAUAGCAAAGAAGAUCGAGGGCGGGUUGAAGGGGUUGCCACUUGCGGCAAGGAUAGUAGGCGGGUUGUUGAAGGCGCAGAUGAAUGAGAAGCACUGGAGAAACAUCGCAGAAAGUGAAAUAUGGCAACUACCGCAAGACGAAAAGAAUAUCCUGCAAGUCCUACAACAAAGCUAUCAUCAUCUUCCCCCACACCUUAAGAGGUGCUUUGUUUUUUGUUCCCUGUUCCCCGAUGAUCAUUCGUUUGAUGGAGAGCACUUGGUCCGGCUUUGGAUGGCAGAAGGCUACGUUGUUGCUCAGGAUAAUAUGACGAUGGAGGAUGUAGGAAGCGGCUACUUCCUUGAGUUAGUGAACAGGUCUUUCUUUCAGAAAGAUCCUAUGGGAUGGGAAUAUAUGAUGCAUGACCUGAUACAUGAUCUUGCUCAGUUUAUUUCAGAGGGGGAGUUUUGCAGGAUCGAUGAUGAUAAGUCGAAAGAGAUCCCUAAUACGACUCGUCAUCUGUCAGCAACAUUAACCGAUGGAACUAAGCUAAUGAAGUUCUCCUGUUAUGAGAAAUUACGGACGCUCAUGAUCAAUUAUGGAAGUUAUAUGUAUGGGUUUAGAGUGGCAGACUCUUUGUUGACUGGUGUCCAGAUUGAAAGAUUAAAAAAAAUUCGAGUGUUGAUAUUGCGGAGGUGUGGCUUGCGGGAGUUGCCUGAGAAAAUUGGUGGCUUGAUACACCUCCGCUACCUUGACAUAUCCUAUAACCGUUACAUUAGGAGGCUGCCGGAGUCAUUAUGUGAUCUUUAUAAUUUGCGAGUACUGGAUCUGUUUGAAUGUGACCUGCAGAAUUUACCGCACGGCAUGAGCAAGUUGAUCAACUUGAUGCAUCUUAAUGCAGAAGACAAAAUAAUUUCCGAGAUAAAUGAUGUUGGAAAACUGACUUCUCUUCAAGGACUGUGUUCAUUCAAAGUACUCAAGAAUCAGGGACACGAGAUUGCCCAAUUAGGCAGUCUGAAACAGAUUCAUGGACAACUUCGAAUUACCAACCUUGAGAAUGUUGAGAGUAAACAAGAAGCAAGCAAGGCUAAUCUGAACAACAAACAGUACCUUGAUAAACUGGUCUUAGAAUGGACAUCGGAUGACGGCAAUAGAUUAGUUAUUUUGGAGGGGGUACUUGAAGGUCUCCAACCACAUCAGGCUGUCAAACGUUUGACGAUCAGAGGGUACAAUGGAGUCAGAUCACCCAGUUGGCUGCAGGCACAAUUGUUAGUGAACCUGAUAACUCUUGAACUAGAAAACUGCACAGCAUGGGAGGAUCUUUCAUGUAUUGGACAGCUACCGAAUCUCAAUAAACUUUACGUGAAGGGAAUGCCUGCAGUGAAACAAAUAAGUCAUGGAUUAAGUACAGAGAGCAAGUUCUUGCCUAAUCUGGAAGAGCUAGUGCUGGAGAACAUGGUGGCAUUGGAGGAACUCCCGAGUCUUUCACAACUUUCAAAUCUCAAGGUUCUUCACAUCGAGCGAAUGCCAGCAGUGAAAGAGAUUGGACAUGAAUUCUUUAAUCAUAUAGACAAGAAUUGGUUACCUAAGCUAGAAAAGAUACAUCUUGAGGACAUUCCAGCUUGUGAGAGACUCCCUUGUAUUGGACAAUUGCCGUGUCUUAAGAUUCUUCACAUCGAGAGAAUGUCAGCAUUGACGAAGGUAGGCCACGAGUUCUUUGGUUGUAGAGAUCAAGGCAAGUGUUUUUCAUUCUUGGAAGAACUCAAAUUCAGCGACAUGCCAGCAUGGCAAGAGUGGUCAUGGGCUGAUGGCGGAGAGCUGUUUCCCUGCUUGCGUAGGCUUGAAAUUGUAAGAUGCCCGAAGCUUCAGAGGUUGCCUCCCCUCCCUCCACUUAAAACAUUAAGAUUAGAUGAAGUCGGAUUGACAGAAGCAACGUUGUUCUGUUUUCGAUCAAAGGAGUAGCUCAUUUGCCGAUAUGCCGAUAUGAUUUGAAGAAUGAUUUAAGAGUAUUGUGCAUCGAACAGUAUUGUACAUUUAAAUUAAAUUGUAUAUGUGUUAUUUGGGCUUCAAUGUUAUGAACUUUUAAAGAGUCAUUGAAUUUGUUGUAUGUGUUGGGAGUGGCUUGAUUAUAAAUUGAAAUAUGUAAUAAAUAUUAUAUGAAAAUUAUUUGUUUAGAUUUUUCAUCUUA